AUGUACGCGACGCCUCGCCUGAUGAAGUUGCGCCACGUGCCCACUUCCGACACGGCGUUCUACUGCUCAGAGGAGAAGAUGGGCUACGAGCUUGCCCCCAACGGCACAGACAUGUUUGCCGACUGGGAGCACCACCUGGCCUGCCGCCAGCUGGGCCUCCCUGUGCAGCUGUCCAAGUGGAACCUCGCGACUCACCGCCGCCUGUCUGCCGAGGCUUCGGGAGAGUCCAUGUCCGUGGCCCAGACGACCUUGCCAGAGGAGAACGAGGUUGAGGUUGGCGAGCUGGUCGAGGUCGUCAUCAGCCCACCUGAGCCUCGCGACAACUGCAUCAUGCCGCCCGAGGAGGUCCGCAGCCUGUACCCCAUCCGCCGCAUGGUCGUGGCACCCCAGUUCAUCACAGCCCCGACCACCCCGCUGCCCAGCAUUCCCGCCACCCCUGCCACCCCGACUUUUCUCCCGUCCAACGAUGACAGCGACGACGCUCCUCCUCGCCGCGUCUCCUCCCCCAACGCGCGCCAGAACCGCCGCGCAGCCCUGUUUGGCCACGAGGGCGUGAUCGUCACUCCUCCCGCGUCCCCCGAGCAGCGCUCCCCCAUCACCGGCGUGUUCGAGGUGCAGCCCAGCGCUGCGGCGUUCACCGACCCGACCGCCAUCCCGCGCGCCGCGGCCCGCAAGCUCGGUCUCGAGGACAAGGAGCCGGCAGCUUGCGCCGCGGCGACUGAAAGCCUCGCCAGCCGGUACUCGACCGAGUCGUUUGCUCGCUCGGACGCAAGCUAUGACCCGCGCUUCCCCAAGAGCCUGUGCGAGGACGUGGUGGACGGCGACUCGGACUCGUGCAGCAGCCUCCGGGGCCUGCGUCUGCGCCUCAAGGAGAGCGAGCGGCCUCGCACGCUUGACAUUGAGGUGAUGCUUGCCAACCUCAAGGACUCUGCGCUGCUGUAG